AACCCCCAGCAUAAACAUUCAAAAUUUCGUACUCAUUCCAAUCAAGCUUCUCUCUCUAAAACACUCUAACUUUUAACUUUAAUACUCCUAUUUUAUUUACGAUUCAUUCUUUCUCUCUCUAAGAAAACCUAAAACGUGAUGAACACUCAAACGACCACCAUAGCUAGAUUUCCGGCAAUUAGAGGAGCCGCUGAAGAAAUCGAGACUUUUGCGAUGGCAAAUUGUCUUAUGUUGCUUUCUUCUCAACAAAAUUCCGCCAUUAAUUCUACCGCCAUGGCUGAUAAUGAAGUUGGUCGUAUGUUCUCUUGCAAGACUUGUGGUAAGAAGUUUUCAUCCUUUCAAGCUCUCGGAGGUCAUCGUGCGAGUCAUAAGAAGAUAAAACCGGCGAAUUCCGGUGAGGUUUCCGGUGAAUUGAAUAUUCCGACGAAACCUAAAAUUCAUGCGUGUUCGAUUUGUGGUGUUGAGUUUCCGAUCGGUCAAGCUCUUGGAGGUCAUAUGAGGCGUCAUAGAGGAUUACUCUCCGGUGGAGAUGGUGGAUCCGCGGUGGUAAGUGAUGUGACGUCUGAUGGAAGUUUCCAGAAUAGUGAGGGUAGUCAUAUUGUUGAUAAUAAAAAGAGGAAAUCAAACGACGUCGUUGCGGAAGUUCCGAUUUUGAAGAAAGCGACUAGCUGUAAAAGAGUUUGUUUGGAUUUGAGUUUGAGUUUAUGGAAUAAAGAAGAAGAGCAUGGUGAUCAUAGCGAGGUUGAAGAAGGCAUUGUUGAUCAAGAUGAAGAAGAUUUUUUGAAGCUGAAAUUAUGAAUAUACGAUGAGUAAUUGAUUUACUGACUGAUUUAUGAUUAUGAUUAAUUGUUCUUUGAUUUGUUGAAUCAUUCUCAUGUAUAGAAAUCAUGUAUCUAUUUAUAAUUAAUUGGAUUUUUUAGGAGGGUAUAUUUUGAUUAGUAAGAUAAAUUAAUUAGUAUGGAAUAUUGAUGAUCAGACGGUACGCGGUAGAUUUUGCCUUUGAUUUUGAUUAGGAAAUAUAUAUUUGGUAGGAUAUUUAUUUAUUUUAGGAGGAUGCAUUAAUUUCUAAGAUAUGAAUAUAUAUAUAUAUAUA